AUAGUUCGCUCUGCGAAUGCGGCUUGGACGAAGGCUCUGCUGACCACAUAUUUUUUAACUGUCCCAGGGUAGGCGCGUCGUUAUACGACUCCCUACCUCAAGACUUUCCCCGUCCUUGCAAUCUUAAGUCAAUCCUCGGUCUUGUUAACUCCCCUAUUUUAGACAUUCUAUCAAAAUUCAUCCUAAUUAAUAAAAUAAAACUAUAAUAAAUGUUCACGUCUCCCCCUCUCCACUAACUAUUUUGUUUCCCUUCCUCCCUCCUACUACUCACCUUGUUGUCUGUUCUCUUGUUUUUUUGUGAUUUUAUUAUGUUUAUACUAACUGUGUUGUCUUAUUUGUGCCGUUGUGUUUGUCUGUUUUAGGUGUGCACGCUAGACUAUACCUAAUAGCACUCAAAUCCAAGGUUUAUAACUUUUUAUACCGUGUAAUGGCUAUGCUCACGUGACAUUGGCAAACGUGGAAACACAAUAGCCAUAGAGGAGAAGAAGAAGAAGAAGAAGAGUUGUUUGUUGCACAGGUUUGUUGUCUUAGAUUAAUAAAUCUAAGGUUGUCUUUUGUUGUGUUGUGAACUGUUGUGGUCCGCUAGAUUUUACAAAUAUUAUCACCAAAAGUUAUACAAUUCAGUGAAAAUGGCUGGAGAAGUGGUUGUUGAUGCAUUACCGUACAUUGACCAAGGAUACGAUGACCCAGGAGUCCGAGAAGCGGCUCUCGCUAUGGUGGAGGAAGAGUGCAGAAGAUACAGGCCUACAAAGAAUUAUUUAGAAAAUGCGGGUCCAGAACCAAGUACAGCGUUUGAAACUACUGCCCUUCAGAGGGAAAUGGAACGCGUUCAACAGCGCCUGCCCAUGGAGCCGCUAUCUAUGAAGAGAUAUGAGUUACCACCACCGCCCGCUGGACGUUUAGGUGAGCCGGCAGCUUGGGCUGAGUCCGUAGAGAACUCACAUGCACAACUCUCACAUCAAGCAAUCAGAGUGUUAAACUUAGAACUACAGUUAAGCUAUGGGUCAGAAGCAUGGAGAUCAUACCUUAACACGUUGCAAGCUUUGGUCACGAGAUCCCAGAAUGUUCAUACACAACUCAGGAAACAGAUAGCAGGCGUGAACUGGGAGCGCAAGCGUUCGCAGACGGCGAGCGGCGCGCGGCUGCGGGCGCUGCGGCGGCGCUGGGCGCACCUCGUGUCCGACAACUACCGCCUCGAGCGCGCGCUCAUGCAGCUCGAGAUACAGCUGCAAAAGGCUCAAGGACAAGCCCCCAUUGACGACAAUGAACCAGCAGAUUUGGAGGCGGUCAAGAUGUUACCAGACAAACUCAACUCGGAGUCUGAGAAGGAAGUGCAGAAAAAGAUUGAAGAUAUGUUUGCUGAUUAGAUUUAAGACAUUGUAGAAUAAGUUAUGAGAAUAUAAUUUAUAAUAAUUAA